UACAUUUUUUCACCCCUCAGGCGAAACGCAGGAAGAAGGAAGAAGUAGCCAACGCCAAAAUAAUGGAGGCGGAGAAACGAAUCAAGGAGAAGGAGAUGAGGAGACAACAAGCCGAGAUCCUUAAACACCAGGAGUUGGAGAGGCAUAGACUAGAUAUGGAGAGGGAGAGGAGGAGGCAGCACCUGAUGCUGCUGAAGGCUGUGGAGGCCCGCAAGAAGGCAGAGGACCGUGAGCGGCUGCGCCAGGAGAAGCGUGACGAGAAGCGUCUGAACAAGGAGCGCAAGAUGGAGCAGCGGCGCUUGGAGCUGGAGCUGCUCCGGGAGCUCAAGAAGCCCAACGAGGACAUGUGUCUCUCUGACCAAAAGCCCCUCCCAGAGUUCUGCCGCAUCCCGGGCCUGAUCCUGCCGGGCCAGGCCGUGGCCCGCUGCCUGAUGCUGAUGCAGUUCCUGCGGGGCUUCGGCAAGGUGCUGGGCCUGGACGUCAGCGCCGACGUGCCCACGCUGGGCAUGCUGCAGGAGGGCCUGCUCAACGUGGGCGACAGCAUGGGCCAGGUGCAGGACCUCCUGGUGCGGCUGCUGUCGCUGGCCGUGUGCGACCCCGGCCUGCCCCCCGGGCACAAGACCAAGACCAUGCUGGGGGACCACCUGACCAACGUGGGCAUCAACAGGGACAACGUGUCCGAGGUGCUCCAGAUGUACAUGGGGGCCCACUGUGCCCACACAGAGCUAGCCCCCCUGGCCCUCAGCCUGAAGACCAAGGCCUUCCAGGCCCACACGCCCUCCCAGAAGGCCUCCAUCCUGGGCUUCCUGGCCAACGAGCUGGCCUGUAGCAAGGUGGUGAUCAGUGAGAUCGACAAGAACCUCGACCAGAUGGCCAACAUGAGGAAGGACAAGAUCAUCAUGGAGGGAAAGCUCAAGAAGUUGAGGGCCGUGCACGCCAAGCGCACGGGGAGGAGAGACGCCAUGGCGGGCCCGGAGGACAACCAGUCGCUGGGAACGCCGUCCUCGGCGCUGAAACGCAAGCGGAAGGCGGGGGGGGACAGCGAGGAGGAGGAGGAGGAGGAGGAGGACAGCGACGAGCCAGCCGAGGACGACGAGGAAGAGGAGGAAGAGGAAAUCAAGAAGGCGAAGAAGAUUGAAAUAGUUUGUGAAGAGGACGAAGGGGACCAAUCCACCAGCAUAGAGGAACUCGAGAAACAGAUCGACAAACAAGCCAAACAACACCACCAGAUCAGGAGGAAGCUGUUCGAGGCGUCCCAUUCGCUGCGCUCCACGAUGUAUGGUCAGGACCGCUUCCGCCGGCGCUACUGGGUCCUGCCCCACUGCGGGGGGGUCUUCAUCGAGGCCAUGGAGAGCGGAGAAGGCCCAGAGGAGCUGGAGGAGGAGAACCAGAGGAGGCAGAGGGCGGCAGAGGAGACCACCGUCAAGGAGGAGCCCCAGGAGAUGGAGGUGCAAGACGAGGCGGACCUCCUGAAGGAGCAGCCCGCCGUCGCCGUCGCCGUCGCCGUCGCCUCCGCCGAGGAGCCUCAGAAGGAGGAGUCGAAGGAACACGAGGAGGACGAGGACGAAGAGGAGGAGGAGGAGGAGGAGGAGGAGGAGGAGGAGGAGGAGCAGAAAGGGUCUCCGGGCCCCUUCGCCGUGCUGGACACUCCCAAGAGGGAGGAGGAGGAGGAGGAUCAGGAGGAGGAGGAGGAGAGAUGUCUGCUCCACAGACACAAUGGCAGCCCUCUGGCCAUAGUGAUGCCCUCCUCGCCCCCCCGCGAUAGCCCCCCUCCGCCACCCGCGACCCCAGACGACAGCCCGCUGGGCCUGCCCCUGAUCUCUCAGGCUGGGGGCUCAGGGUUGGGGUCUGGGUUUGGGUCAGGGUUCAUGUCCGGGUCAGGGUUAGGGUUAGGGUUAGGUUUGCCCCCAGGGUUUGGAUCCGGGUUGAUGUUAGGAUCGGGGCUGGUGUCAGGGUUAGGAUCCGGGUUAGGUUCAGGUUUAGGAUCGGGAUUAGUGUUCCCCCCGGACCUCCAGGGCUUGGGGGAGACCCUCCAGGGCAUGGGGGAGAGCCUCCCGGUGUCGGGCUCGCCCGGCCCCCCGCCCGGCCUCGCCCUGCAGGCCAACGACCAGCUCCUCCGGGUGCUGACGGAGCGGAGUGGCCACUGGUUCAGCCUGCUGCCCCGCGCGCCCUGCGACCUGUCCUCCCUCGUCACGCCUCCGCCGGGGGCGUCCCGCGUCUCCCCCGUCUCCACCUCCACGCCCGCCCGCCCGCCGCGCUCCCCCCCCGCCUCCCCCGCGCUGCCCCUCACGCCCUCGGCGGCGUCCGCCUCCGCCAGCCCCCUCCACCACGCCGCCGGCGGGCUGCUCGGCUACCCGCUCUCUGCCCUGCAGAUGAAGUCAGGUGGUUCCCUGCUGGGCCUCCCAUUGGCCGGCUGGCCCAGCAGCCUGCUGAGCCCCGGCCUACCGUUGUGCAGCAGCCCCCUACAGGGCCAGUCCCUGGAGGGCAACAUGACCGCCAGCGUGUCCAGCAAGAGCGACUCCCCCCUGCACCACGCCGACAAGACCCCCUCGGUGCCCUCCCCCGCCCUGGAGAUGCCCAAGAGCCUGGACCACCCAUGCCCACAACCCAUCCCCGACGACAUGCUGACGGGCUGGUGGAGGGUGAGGGACGUGGAGCAGUUGCGGGGCCUGGUCACGGCGCUCCACAGCCGGGGCAUCAGGGAGAAGGGGCUCCACAGACAGAUGCACAAGUACAUGGAGAUGGUCCCGCAGGUCUGCACCAAGCACAGAGACGUGGCCAUGAUCGAGCUGCGGGAGCUGGAGGAGAGCCAGGUGAGCGUGGAGUCGGUGCGGGGCUGGUGCGUGGAGGAGCAGGCCAUGGAGAUGGACAUCGCCGUGCUGCAGCAGGUGGAGGAGCUGGAGAGGAAGGUGACCUCCGCCAGCCUGCAGGUCAAGGGCUGGACGUACACGGACCCCCAGUCCGAGCGCGAGGACCUGGUCUACUACGAGCACAAGCCCCUCCCCAAGCCGGGCCUCGCGGCCGAGGGGGAGGACAUCCAGCAGCAGCGGGCCGAGAGGGGUCACCCGGGGGUCACGCGUCACCCUGACAACCCGCUGGACUUAGCGGUGACGCGCCUGACCGAGCUGGAGCGCAACAUCGAGAGAAGGUACCUGCGGAGCCCGCUAGGGACCACCGUUCAGAUCAGACUGGAUAAUGUGGGUACGGUCACUGUCCCCGCUCCCGCCCCGUCCACUAGUGCUGACCGGGAAGGGGGUGAGGAAGAGGUGGCCCAUGGGAUGAAGGUGUGGAGGAAGGCUCUGCUGGAGGUGAGGAGUGCCGCCCAACUCGCUAUGUGCCUCCAGCAGCUCCAGAAGUCCAUCGCCUGGGAGAGGUCCAUCAUGAAAGUGUACUGUCAGCUGUGCAGGAAGGGGGACAACGAGGACCUUCUGCUUCUGUGUGACGGCUGUGAUAAAGGCUGCCACACUUACUGCCAUAAACCCAAGAUCACCUGCAUCCCCGAGGGAGACUGGUACUGCCCGGCCUGCAUAUCCAAGGCGAGUGGGCCGAUUCCCAAGAACAAGAAGCCCCCCUGCAGACUCCCGCCAGCAUCCAGCCUAGGGGGAGCGGGAGGAGCGGCGGGGGGAGGAGGAGGAGGAGGAGCAGCGGGAGGAGGAGCAGCUGCAGGAGGAGGAGGAGGAGGAGGCAGCGCUAAAAAGGGAGGAGCGGAAGUGAAGAAGAACGGCAAGCAGGCCGGUGCCGGGGAGGCGUCGGAGGAGGACUCAGCCAGCGCCGGCGGCACGCCCAAGAAAGGCGCCAAGGACGCCAGCAAGAAGAGGAAAGCGGAGGAGAGCUCCCCAGCACCACCGCCGCCACCGCCAGCCAAUCAGGAGAGCCCGGUGUGCGUGAAGCGAGCCAAGACGGCCCGGGACAACAACCGGGACCUGGGACUGUGCAGAGUGCUUCUGGCCGAGCUAGAGCGGCACCAGGACGCCUGGCCUUUCCUCACACCUGUCAACCUCAAGUCGGUGCCAGGCUACAGGAAGGUCAUCAAGAAGCCCAUGGACUUCUCCACUAUCAGGGAGAAGCUUGUCAGCAGCCAAUAUCAAAACUUGGAGACGUUCAUCAUCGACGUCAACCUGGUGUAUGAUAACUGUGAAAAGUACAACGAAGACAACUCAGACAUCGGACGCGCCGGCCACAACAUGAGGAAGUUCUUUGAGAAGCGCUGGACUGAGCUUCUGAAACAAACCAACUAGGACUCAGGCUUCCCAGCGUUUCCCCUCCCCCUUCCCUCGGUUCCUUGGCGAGCAAACACAUAUUUUUCCUCUCCAGCGAAGGCCGCGAAUGGAGUGAGCAACGUAGAACUCAAACCCUCUGGGCUGCGGAGAGGAGGGAGAGUAGGGAGAGAGAGAGGGAGGGAGAGGAGGCCAUCGUGACAGGAGGUUUCUGUAGGAGGGUGUGAGGCUGGGGUUGAGCUACAACAGGGAACAAACCCCCCCCCCCGAGAGUCCCAGGGAACCCGGCAUGUCAUUGUGCAAUACCACUUCCUGUCUCCGGAAUGCUGCACUGAAGCAACCCUCCAGUACACUGACCCUGUCCCCCCCCCCCGCGAUAGACCGAAAAUACGUUCCACUACUUGUAAAUAGCCGUUUGUUUUUUUAUUUAAUCGUAUUAUAGUGAAUGUAUUUAAUUUUGUAAUACUUAUUUAUGAAUCAAGGUCCACUUCAUUUUCUAUGAAAAGGAAGAAUCAGCUAAACGGCUUUGAGUUGAUGGCAAGAAGAGGAAAUGGAAUGUGUGUUUGUGUCUUUAAUUUUCACCCAAAUACGAAACUAAGCCAAGAAAAAAAAAAAAAGAAAUAAAAACCAACCUGUUUACACUGUCGCGUGCGCCGAAGCACCGGGAAAAAAAAACUACAACUGUAUUUGUUUUGUUCAAACUGUAAAACUGCAUUUAUUCACAGGCAAAUGGUCAUUCAUGUGUAUAUACUGUUUAUUAUUGUCAAUAUUACGUCUUGUUUGGAACAAUGUGUAAAAAAUUGUUUAAGAAUAUUAAGAUAUUGUUUAUGCCUUAGAAUGAUUGUAGCAUUCUAUUUUAGUGAACGUGUUGGAAACCCUUAUGAUGGAUAUUGUUUGUACAGUAAACACAUACCCUCUGCAGACACUGUGCUCUUCUUAAUAUUGGUAGUGCCUACCCUCUCAACAGGGGCAUGUAGGGGAUAAUAUCGUUAUUUUUGUUAUCAUUUUAAUAUUUUAUUUCUAUGACUUCUAUUUUUAUUUCUGUUUUUAUUUUUUUAUGUAUGAUUUCCGAUCCAACAUGGCCGCCUCCAAAGUCAGACGGCGACACAGUCUUCAUUCCUUCCUCCCCGCACCAUUGCAUUAAAAAUAGAGAGAAUAUUCCGGAAAAAACCUGGCGAGCUUCUUGCGUAUAGGCUCCGCCCGCCGCCUACCCGCCCCCCCUCCCCACCACUCUAAAGGGGACCCCUGGGGCCAUUCGUAACCACUGUGUUGAAUCUUGCUGUGUGUUGUGGCCUGAUGGAGGCAGCUAGAGUUUUUUUAUGUACCCGAGUCGAGAGUACUUGAAGUAACUUUAUUUAAAGAUAUUGUGGAAUAAAAGUAUCAUUCUUUUGUAGGAGCUUUAUUUUUCACUAGUGUGUGGCACGGACCUAUUAAAGGAUGUUUUUCAACCUAAAUGACCUCCGCUGGUUUUUAUUACAUGUUUCUUGUUUUCCCGGUUCAUGGAAAGGAGAAGUGUCAAGCACAAUUACAGUUACAAUACCUCAAAGCAAUACUAGGCCUACUAAAUAAUAGGCCAACGGUGCUAUGGGUUGAGUCAGAUUUCACAUGAUAGUUUCCUAUAUAUUGGUGUAGUGUCAGAUUGAGGAUAACAUAUCAAUUAUGAUAUUGUGUAUAAAAUGAGACAAUAUUACAAAUAUAUUGCAUUAAAUAUAUUGUUGACGGAGGUGGAUCACAUAUUCCAAGACCAUGUUUAUGUUGUUUUAUUCAUUUGAACAGUGAACAGGCUAAUACAAUCCACAACAUACAAUAUAUUAAGAAAAUAGCACUUAACAACUAAGUCGUAAUAUUUUUUAAGGUAGGCUAUAACAUAUCUUGCACUGUAAAUAUCUCACACAAAGAAUCCAUCAAUCAAUACUUU